AUGAGUUCCAAUUCUAAUGGAUCGAAAUGGGACAAUAAAUUAAAAUCGAAAGAUGGUAAACUUCCCGAUCCCUACGAAGAAAAUCUCAUAAAAAAGUUUGAUAGAGAUGACAUUUUUAAUUCUUUGAUAUACACAGGCCCUUUUUUAUUUAAGAAACUUUGUUUGAAAAAUUCUAAAAAUAAACCAUCAAGACCCCCUAAUCCUUUUUUAAUAACAAGGGCAAUUCUUGUUAUGGAAGCUGUCAAAAACAAAACUUCGAUAGGGGACGGAACAAUGACCAGUAUUUUAACUUCUUAUAUUUGGGGAGGAGCUGAUAAACAUGAAAAAAACCGGAUGAAGGAGAUUUCCCUCGAAAUCAAAAAAAUUCACAAAAAAACAUUUCCUAAUUAUAAAUAUAAGCCAGAAAGAAAUGGAGUCAAGGACAAAUUCAAUAACAAAACUCCAAAAGAUUUUGAGGCAGAUUUUGGUAAUGAUAAUGAGGAAAUGGUAAUUAAUGAUCCCGAUCCCCAAUACCACGACAAAGAUUUAGGUGAAGGAUUUGAAGUCCACCAAGUCACGCAAGAGCAACUUCCAAUUUUUACUACUUCGGUAUAUUACCCCCAAGUUGCUCAAUAUAAUUUACCUUUCGAAUUUUAUCCAUAUUCUCAAAUUGAAAAUGAUAACAAUCCGUACAUUAUAAAUGGAUUCCCUCCUUUCACAUAA